UACCAGUCUACUUCUUCAAGUAACUAAAGCUCUCAUUUUUUGUUUCAAAAUAUAAUUUUGAGAAAUGCGGUAUGGUUGGUGAAGUCGUUUCUGCACCAGAGUCAUCCAAACUAAGUCACAGGAAGUGGAAAUCUUUGCUAAAGAAGGAGAAAAGACGAACACGUAGACAAGAAGCAGCUCGAAAUAGGCAGCAGAAUUUUGAACAUGAUGAUGACUGUGAUGCUGCCGGUACGGAGGAGGAGGGUGAGAACAAAGAAGAUGAGAUGCAGCAACAGCAGCGACAUCAGCUGUGGUGGCAGCGCGAACUGGCUGCACAGAGAGAAUGGAAACUCAAACAGGAGCGGCUGGAACAAGAGAAGCAGCGACGACUAGAACAAGAGAAAAAAAUAAGGGAAGAAUGGGAGGAACGGGAGAAGAAAGAAAAAGAAGAACUGGAGAAAAGAUCCAAAUUAGAUCAGGAGAAGAAGGAGAAACAGGAAGCACUACUGAAACAGGCGACAUCUAAUGAAAAAUCUAACAUGUGGCACAAUCCGAUCAUCUCAACACCUGUUGGAAGGGAACGAGAGAACUGUCCGUUCUUUGUGAAAACUGCAGCCUGUAGAUUCGGAGACAGGUGUUCAAGGUCACACCCUCACCCUGAACGUAGCUGCACGUUGUUGUUUCCGGGGAUGUUCGUGAAUUUCAGACUGGAACAGACUCUGGAUGAGGAACACGAAACGGAUAUUGCCCUGGAGUACGACGACACCGAGCUGUACGAGAACUUUGUCGACUUCUACUACGAUGUGCUGGCCGAGUUCAAGAAGGUCGGGAAGGUUGUCCAGUUCAAGGUGUGCUGCAACUGUGAGCAGCAUCUCCGCGGAAACGUUUACGUGCAGUACAGAACUGAAUCUGAGACAGAAGAGGCUCUGGUGAAGUUUAAUGGCCGAUGGUACGGUGGUCGACAGAUCUCAGGGGAAUUUGUCAACAUUGCCAAGUGGAAGUCUGCCAUAUGUGCUCUGUUUUUCAGAAAAAAAUGUCCAAAGGGUAACCGCUGCAACUUUCUUCAUGUGUUCAGAAACCCUGACAACGAAUUCUGGGAUGCAGAUAGAGAUUUCAUGAAUACUCAGCAUAACAACAGACAAUUUUAUCACCAAAAUAAUAACAGAAAUUACCAACAAAACCGAGACUAUCAUCACAGAAGGUCACGGUCACGAUCUAAGUCACCUUACAGUUCUCGUCAUCGGAGGAAUGGAUCCCGGUCAAGAGACCGAAGAUCAAUGUCAAAUUAUUCCAGAUCACAUUCAAGAAGGUCACGGUCACGAUCACGGUCCAGGUCACCAACUAGAUCUAAGAGGUCAAGGUCACGAUCACCAACUAGAUCUAAGAGGUCAAGGUCACGAUCACCAACUAGAUCUAAGAGGUCCAGGUCACCAACUAGAUCUAAGAGGUCAAGGUCACGAUCACCAACUAGAUCUAAAAGGUCUCGGUCACCAACUAGAUCUAAAAGGUCACAGUCACCAUCUAGAUCCAGAUCUAAAAGGUCACGUUCAAAGUCACCAACUAUUUCUAAGAAGUCUAGGUCCAGAUCACCAGUUAGAUCUAAGAGGUCAAGGUCAAGAUCAAGAUCCGAUUCACCUCAUCGAGCCAGGUCACGUUCAAGAGAGUCCUCCUUGGGAAACUCAUACCACAAGUUAAGAAAGCGGAAGCACUCGAGGUCAGAGUCCAGGUCAAAAUCGAGAGUCGGGACAAAGUCACAGGCCAAUGAAAACUUGAAUGACGUGUCGGAUUCCACGGAUAGUUCAGAAGAGCGUUCGGCAGAUGUGCAUGUAUAUAAGAAUGGUGAUGGAAGAAAGACUAAGAGAAGACACAAGCAUAAAAGACGUAAACAUAAACAUAGAGAUAAGUCAGAUACAAACUUUGAAGAGGUGAAGGUUUUAAACCAUACCUCUGAUGGUGAUGGUGAUGCUGAGAUUUAAGAGCCUUGAUGAUUGAGCAAUAAAAAAAGCUUCGAGGAAUGAGAUUUAAAAUCCAUGAGUAUUGAGAUUUAAAAGCCUUGAGGAUUGAACUUUAAAAGCCUUGAGUAUUGAGAUUUUAAAAACCUUUGAGGAUCGUGCUCUAAGAGAUUUGAAGAUUGAGUUUUAAAAGCCUUGGGGAUUGAACUUUAAAAGCCUUGAAUAUUGAGAUUUAAACACCUUUGAGGAUCAUGCUCUAAAUGAUUUGACGACCCAGUUUUGAAAGCCUUGCGGAUUGAACUUUAAAAGCCUUGAGGAAUGAAUAUCACAUGCCUUAAAGAUUGAGCUUUAAAAACCUCAAGGAUGGAACUUUAAAAGCCUUGAGGAUUGAGUUUUAAAAACCUUGGAGAUAGAGAAGUGUAUACAUUUAUUAAGUCUGGACGGUGUCUUUGAUGCAUCUUUAAUAAACAAGUUGGUCUGAU